UUUAAUACAUUUGUUCCGAUGGACAACGAAGAAAUUAUACAUCUCCCAAGACACCAGUCACCUAAGCCUGGGGAGGCGCUGAGGUCUUCAUCGCCCAGUGAGCCUCAGAUCUCAAAACCGAUGUCUGAUACUGGAUUGAUUUCUAGGCCGCCUGAGAUGACACCUGAGAGUGUAGAGUCUUCUAUAGUGGACUACCUCAAGUGUCACCCCAAAAAAAAGCUUAUCUGUCAGAUCCUGAAACAAAAGGUUGUGACAAUAAGCAAUCUAGAGGAGAUUGCUGAGUGGCUGGCCUUGGUCUCCAGUGAGGUCUAUACCCCUGCACUGUCUAUUCACCGGACCUCUUUCCAGGAUGGGCUGUCCCCCCCGAGCACGCCUGACACUGUCGAGGAGCUCCCGCAUCGUCUGGAGACCAAUCCAGCUAUGACAGGAGAAGGACAGUCCAGCAUGUUGCCAGAGGGGUUUGGGGACAGUGGCCAGGAGAAUCUCACAACUCCCAGGUCUGGGCAAAGCAGCAGCCGAAGCAGCCAGACGCCGAGCCCUCCCAGCUACUGGCGAGUGGCAGAGAUCACAGCCAGACAAAUCUUUGAUGCCAUUCUUCACCGGAUUCCAUUCAAGAGUGGCUCAGUGAUGGAUGCCAACAGGAUCCUCAGGGAGAAGAUCCGUUACUUUAGGAUUGAGCUCAUCCACCAGGUGUACAACCUGCUUCAAGACAGUACUGUUGAGAGGUGGCAACUGUCCCACAAGAGCAAAUCCAAGCCCACCUGGAAACACCUGGCCACCGUCCACACGGAGAAUGACUUCCUGUUGAAAGUAGAGCUUAUGUUCUCUGAGACUGCCAUUGAGCAUCUGCUGAUGGACUUAAUUGGAUAUUCCCUAACCUCUGCAGAGCUCUCAGAGGACAACAAGAAGGCCCUAAGGGCCAUCUGUGAGGUGCUGUACGCCAGGAUGAUUGACAUCCUGCACCGGACCAGUAACGACAUGCUAAACAUCCAGAAAGGAGUGAAUUCCGGGGCCAGGAACAUGGUUUAUAACACUCCAGAGGAUGGAAACCGUACCUCUGUAGCCAGUGAUAGCUUGCUAACACCUGGUGAAUGUCUUCUGAUGAGCCCCGAUACCCUGAAGCACAUCAUCCAGGGUGUCCUGCGCCAACUGGAGGCCUCAGAGUCCCUGCAGGCCACGGGGGAGAAUGACCCCUUCAAGUUGAUGAUGGAGCUCUUCAGCGAUGUCAAGCGUUCCCUGAUUUGUUCUGGCAUCUCUGUCCUAUUUUAUGUGGAGGAAAGCCUGCAGUUUCGUGGGGAGGAUGCAGUAGAUGCCAUUGUAAAGGCUGCCUCUGAGAUAUUGUCCUUGAAUUCAGAGGCCAACCAGAAUCAGUGUUUUGUCCCACAUUACGGUGGCCCUUCAUCCAUCUGGGCAAUGGGAAACACCAUCACCAACGUAAUCCAGGACUACGCCAAGGACUGGAGUUUUCAGGGAGAUUUUGGAGGCCGGAGGAGUGUUGACAGUGAGAGGUCAAGGUAUUCCUCAAAUAGUGAUGUCACCCUCACAGAGGAGCUCCUGAAUCAAAAUGAAUCCCUGGAAGAGGUGUUAGUCUCCGGUCCUGUGACGACUCCACACAACAAUGAGAUGUGGGACUCUGAUGGAUUGGAUUUGUGCAGCAUGACCUCCCUCUCUUCAGACUGCAUGGAGUGCACCUCCACACAGGGUAGUAAACUACCUACAACCGGUGUGAAUGUCUCCACUGAAAAGACAUCAAACGACAAAGAAGACAGGAAGUUAUCAAUGGAUGUAACUGUGGGGAAAAAAGACAGGAAGUCCAGAAGGUGGAAACUAGGAAAGUUCCUGAUCAAAAAGAACAAGGUGGCCCCCUUUGGUACUGAUGGUCCUGUAGCUGGAAAUGAGUCUAAGACAAAACAGUCUCUCCUGAAGAGGAUGACAGAUGGAGUGGCAAUGCUAAUUUGUUUCCGCUUCAAGAAAAGAAACAAAACGUAA